UCCAGUCGCAGGCUCUCGCUUCUGCACGCGGGGCUUCUGCCCAGUUUCCUGCCUCGGAGUUGUGCCCGCCCCAGCUCAGAGCAGUUUGUGCAAUUGAGAAACCCGAUAGGAGGCAGCAGCUGAUCUCCCACCACCCUAAAAAUAAUCCGCUCCGGCGCCCUGCGUGCUUCGGCUAGGGGAGGAAAACUGCCUGCGGAGUAAGAGUUCUGCGUCUGGGUUUGAAAUUGACACUUAAGUCAGUGUAGGGAGCCCGUGUUUUGAAGGUAGUGCAAGUGCACGAGUAGGGGUUUGAAGCAGCAACAAGCUACUGCCCAAGGGAAAAAUAUUGUUCAUGACCAUUGCUAAGUCAUUUCUCAAUGAAAGGGGAGAGAGAAAAGAGUAAGCGAUAUAAGAAGACAUGAGCCUUUCAUUCUGUGGUAACAACAUCUCUUCGUAUAAUAUCUACGAUGGUGUGUUACAAAAUCCCUGCUUUGUGGAUGCCCUCAACCUGGUCCCUCAUGUCUUCCUCUUGUUUAUCACUUUUCCAAUAUUGUUUAUUGGGUGGGGAAGUCAAAGCUCAAAAGUACAAAUUCACCACAACACCUGGCUUCAUUUUCCUGGACAUAACCUGAGAUGGAUUCUUACAUUUGCUCUUCUGUUUGUGCAUGUUUGUGAAAUAGCAGAAGGCAUUGUUUCUGAUUCACGGCGGGAAUCCCGGCAUCUCCACCUCUUCAUGCCGGCUGUGAUGGGAUUUGUCGCCACUACAACAUCAAUAGUAUAUUAUCAUAAUAUUGAAACAUCAAAUUUUCCUAAAUUACUCCUAGCCCUAUUUCUGUAUUGGGUAAUGGCCUUUAUUACAAAAACCAUAAAAUUGGUUAAGUACUGGGAGUUCGGUUGGGGAGUAUCAGACCUGCGUUUCUGCAUCACUGGCAUGAUGGUCAUCUUGAAUGGACUCCUCAUGGCUGUGGAGAUCAAUGUGAUUCGGGUCAGAAGAUAUGUAUUCUUCAUGAAUCCUCAGAAAGUAAAGCCUCCUGAAGACCUCCAGGAUCUGGGUGUGAGAUUUCUUCAACCAUUUGUGAAUUUGUUGUCAAAAGCCACAUACUGGUGGAUGAACACACUUAUCAUAUCUGCUCAUAAAAAACCUAUUGACUUGAAAGCAAUUGGAAAAUUACCAAUAGCAAUGAGGGCGGUAACAAAUUAUGUUUGCCUGAAAGAUGCAUAUGAAGAACAAAAGAAAAAAGUAGCAGAUCAUCCAAACCGGACUCCAUCUAUAUGGCUAGCAAUGUACAGAGCUUUUGGGCGACCCAUUCUACUUAGUAGCACAUUCCGCUAUCUUGCAGACUUACUGGGUUUUGCUGGACCUCUGUGUAUUUCUGGAAUAGUUCAGCGUGUGAAUGAAACUCAGAAUGGGACAAAUAACACAACAGGGAUUUCAGAAAAGCUUUCAUCAAAGGAAUUUCUUGAAAAUGCUUAUGUACUAGCAGUUCUUCUUUUCUUGGCCCUUAUUCUGCAAAGGACGUUUUUGCAGGCUUCCUACUAUGUAACCAUAGAGACUGGCAUUAACCUCCGUGGAGCUCUGCUGGCGAUGAUAUACAAUAAAAUCCUUAGGCUGUCUACAUCUAAUUUAUCCAUGGGUGAGAUGACCCUGGGACAGAUCAAUAACUUGGUUGCCAUUGAAACCAAUCAACUAAUGUGGUUCUUGUUCCUGUGUCCCAAUCUAUGGGCAAUGCCUGUUCAGAUCAUAAUGGGAGUGAUUCUGCUGUAUAAUUUACUUGGAUCAAGUGCAUUGGUUGGUGCAGCUGUCAUUGUUCUCCUUGCGCCAAUUCAGUACUUCAUUGCUACAAAGUUGGCAGAGGCUCAGAAAAGCACUCUGGAUUAUUCUACAGAGAGAUUGAAGAAAACAAAUGAAAUAUUGAAAGGCAUCAAACUUCUAAAGUUGUAUGCCUGGGAACACAUCUUUUGCAAAAGUGUAGAAGAAACAAGAAUGAAAGAACUAUCCAGUCUCAAAACCUUUGCACUUUAUACAUCACUCUCUAUCUUCAUGAACGCAGCAAUUCCCAUAGCAGCUGUCCUUGCCACAUUCGUGACCCAUGCGUAUGCUAGUGGGAACAAUCUAAAACCUGCAGAGGCCUUUGCUUCCCUGUCUCUCUUUCAUAUCCUGGUCACCCCUUUGUUCCUGCUCUCCACAGUGGUCAGAUUUGCAGUCAAAGCCAUCAUAAGUGUUCAAAAGCUGAAUGAGUUUCUCUUGAGUGACGAGAUUGGUGAGGAUAGCUGGCGAACUGGUGAAGGUUCUCUUCCUUUUGAGUCCUGUAAGAAGCACACUGGAGUGCAGCCGAAAACUAUAAACAGGAAGCAGCCUGGAAGAUAUCACCUGGACAGCUAUGAGCAAUCAACCCGGCGUCUACGUCCUGUAGAGACCGAGGAUAUUGCAAUAAAGGUCACAAAUGGCUACUUUUCAUGGGGCAGUGGUUUAGCUACAUUAUCCAAUAUAGAUAUUCGAAUUCCAACAGGUCAGUUGACCAUGAUUGUGGGUCAAGUGGGAUGUGGAAAGUCUUCUCUUCUCCUUGCUAUCCUUGGUGAGAUGCAGACACUGGAAGGCAAAGUCCACUGGAGCAAUGUAAAUGAAUCUGAACCUUCUUUUGAAGCAACCAGAAGUAGGAACAGGUAUUCUGUGGCGUAUGCGGCUCAAAAGCCUUGGCUAUUAAAUGCUACAGUAGAAGAAAAUAUCACCUUUGGAAGUCCUUUCAACAAACAGAGGUACAAAGCUGUUACAGAUGCCUGUUCUCUUCAGCCAGAUAUUGACUUACUACCUUUUGGAGACCAAACUGAAAUUGGAGAGAGGGGCAUCAACCUGAGUGGGGGUCAGAGGCAAAGAAUCUGUGUGGCACGAGCUCUCUAUCAAAAUACCAACAUUGUCUUUUUGGAUGAUCCAUUCUCUGCCCUGGACAUUCACUUGAGUGAUCACUUAAUGCAGGAAGGGAUUUUGAAAUUUCUUCAAGAUGACAAAAGGACACUUGUUCUUGUGACUCACAAAUUACAGUAUCUAACACAUGCUGACUGGAUCAUAGCCAUGAAAGAUGGAAGUGUACUAAGAGAAGGGACUUUGAAGGACAUUCAGACCAAAGAUGUUGAGCUCUAUGAACACUGGAAAACACUUAUGAAUCGGCAGGAUCAAGAAUUAGAAAAGGAUAUGGAAGCUGACCAAACGACUCUAGAGAGAAAAACUCUUCGAAGAGCCAUGUACUCAAGAGAGGCCAAAGCCCAAAUGGAGGAUGAAGAUGAAGAGGAAGAAGAAGAGGAGGAUGAGGAUGAUAAUAUGUCCACUGUAAUGAGGCUCAGAACUAAAAUGCCUUGGAAAACCUGCUUGCGAUACCUUACUUCUGGAGGAUUCUUCUUGCUCUUCCUGAUGAUUUUCUCUAAGCUUUUGAAACAUUCAGUCAUUGUGGCCAUCGACUACUGGCUGGCCACAUGGACUUCGGAGUACAGUAUAAACAAUAGUGGAAAAGCUGAUCAGACCUACUAUGUAGCUGGAUUUAGCAUACUUUGUGGAGCGGGUAUUUUCCUCUGCCUUGUUACAUCUCUCACUGUGGAAUGGAUGGGUCUCACAGCUGCCAAAAACCUUCACCACAACCUCCUCAAUAAGAUAAUUCUUGGACCAAUAAGAUUCUUUGAUACCACCCCCCUGGGACUGAUUCUCAAUCGUUUCUCAGCUGAUACAAAUAUCAUUGAUCAGCACAUCCCUCCAACUUUGGAAUCUCUGACUCGCUCAACACUGCUUUGUCUGUCUGCCAUUGGCAUGAUUUCUUACGCUACCCCCGUGUUCCUGGUCGCUCUCGUGCCUCUUGGGGUUGCCUUUUAUUUUAUCCAGAAAUAUUUUCGAGUCGCUUCUAAAGAUCUCCAGGAACUUGAUGAUUCUACCCAGCUCCCUCUGCUUUGCCACUUCUCAGAAACAGCUGAAGGACUCACCACCAUUCGGGCAUUUAGGCAUGAAACCAGAUUUAAGCAACGUAUGCUGGAACUGACGGACACGAACAACAUUGCCUACUUAUUUCUCUCAGCAGCCAACAGAUGGCUAGAGGUCAGAACGGAUUAUCUGGGAGCUUGCAUUGUCCUCACGGCAUCUAUUGCCUCCAUCAGCGGCUCUUCCAAUUCUGGAUUGGUGGGUUUGGGUCUUCUGUAUGCACUGACGAUAACCAAUUAUUUGAACUGGGUUGUGAGGAACUUGGCUGACCUGGAGGUCCAGAUGGGAGCAGUGAAGAAAGUGAACAGUUUCUUGACUAUGGAAUCUGAGAACUAUGAAGGCACUAUGGACCCCUCUCAAGUUCCAGAACAUUGGCCACAGGAAGGAGAGAUCAAGAUUCAUGACUUGUGUGUGAGAUAUGAAAAUAAUCUGAAACCUGUUCUUAAGCACGUCAAAGCUUACAUCAAACCCGGGCAAAAGGUGGGCAUCUGCGGUCGCACCGGCAGUGGAAAGUCAUCAUUAUCACUGGCUUUCUUCAGAAUGGUGGAUAUAUUUGAUGGAAAGAUUGUCAUUGAUGGGAUAGACAUUUCGAAAUUGCCACUGCACACACUACGUUCUAGACUUUCGAUCAUUUUGCAGGAUCCAAUACUAUUCAGUGGUUCUAUUAGAUUUAAUUUAGAUCCAGAGUGUAAAUGCACAGACGACAGACUCUGGGAAGCUCUAGAAAUUGCUCAGCUGAAGAAUAUGGUCAAAUCCCUACCAGGAGGUCUAGAUGCAGUUGUCACCGAAGGUGGGGAGAACUUCAGCGUUGGACAGAGACAGCUGUUCUGCCUUGCUCGGGCCUUUGUCCGCAAGAGCAGCAUUCUCAUCAUGGAUGAAGCUACGGCUUCCAUUGACAUGGCCACGGAAAACAUUUUGCAGAAAGUGGUAAUGACGGCUUUUGCAGACCGCACCGUUGUUACAAUAGCUCAUCGGGUUCACACUAUCCUGACGGCAGACCUGGUUAUUGUGAUGAAGCGAGGAAAUAUUUUAGAAUAUGACACUCCAGAAAGCCUCUUGGCUAGGGAAGAUGGAGUUUUUGCUUCUUUUGUUCGUGCAGACAUGUGAAAGGAUAUCUUAAACCAAUACAUGGAUUUAAAAUAAUGCAGUCAUAACCUAUUUAAUGAAUCAUCAGCUUGACCUUCAAAACUUGGCAUCUUAAAUUUUUACACUUUUGUAAAGCAUAUUUGUUGUGUUAGGGGACUUUGUAAUUAGCUACGAUGUCACUUUACCCAUGAAUACUGUAUUUUCUAUGUUGAUAUUUCUUUUUUGUUUGUUUUCCAAGAUCUUACUGCUUAAUAUGUUCAUUACUGAUGAUCUUUCUAAUAAUUAAACCCUUUACCUUUAAGAAUAGCAGACUGUAUUAAAACAUGUAAGUUACUUUAAGUGGUAAGUCAACAGCUGUAAUUUCUCAUAAUUUUAAGGCUGGUAAAUAUCUCUGGCAUAGAAAUCACCAUGAGUAUUCAGUAUGCUUAUACUCUUAUUUAUGAGAAUAUGUUUUCCAUUUUGUUGGUAUCCCCAGAUGUUAUUGGAAGAGAAUUAAGAGAACAGGUUUUCUAAUCAGUGAGAAAAUAAAACACACAAGUCCGUUAUCUACUGGAUAAGAAUAUUCAGUGUUCAUUACCAUUCAUAGUAAUAGUGAUGCUCAACAGUCUCUCUUCCACAUCUAAAUUGUUUCCUGUUACCAAGAAGUCAUUUAUGGUAGCUUUGAGAAGUCAGUGCCUUAAGCAGAAAGAUCAUGGAAAGAGUUUGGGUAUUUGAAAAAUUAUACUCAAGUUUCCAUUUUUACCUGUCCAGUCAGGAGAAAGUUCCUAAGGUAUCAGGAAUGAUGUGCUUUUUCCAGACUAAAGUUCAAAGAGCAAAUACAUCCAGUCCUUCUGUGACAGGCCAGCUAAAGCUCUCUAUGAUUUAAUUCACCAACAAAUGUGGUUAUGAUCCUGAGCCCUAAAAUUCCACAUUAUUCAAGAUUCAGGAGCAUAUGCAAGUGGUCUCAUUUGCUUAUAUAAAUAUAUAUGAAACAAGUGUCUAUUUCAAGGUAGAAGAGUUUACUUCUUUUUGACAUUUCUGCCCAGUGGUGUCACACACGUAUCCACUUGGUACUGCUCUAAUUUUAAUGCACAUGUAAAAAGUGAAUCAAAAUGUUACUCUAAUUUUAAUGUGUAUGUUAAGAGUGCAUCAAAUAUGGAUGGAAUAUUAGUGUUAUGUUUGCUUAUAAAUAAAUUUUAAAAUACUAAAAGUUA